AUUUAUUUUUUGGGGUCUGCAUCAGCCUUAUAUUUAUUUGACUCAUCGUAUCAGAAUUUCGAUACUCUCUUUUUCUCGCAGUGCUCUCCACUUUCGACUCGCCGUUCACUCCAUUUCGUUCCUUUCUGCUUGCGCACUGCUGCAUCCAUGGAGCUUGGCCUGAGCUUGGGCGAUGCUCCCAAGCCUUUCCGCUUCGUUGAGAAGCAGCCGCAAGUAACGCCGCGGCCGCGGCGGAUUUCUCGGCCUGAUUUAGGGUUCUGCGUCGACUUAUCGAUUGGCCGUCCGGUCGCCGGAGCGAAAGAAGACGAUGAAGAGAAAAUCAAUCAGAGAGAUUAUGAAUCCGACGGUAAUGAAGAUCCACCGAUUCAACUCGAUCUUCUUCCUCAUAAUCCCGUUCCGCGAAACCUAACUAAUCCGUACCAAGGAUUUCCAUGGCCGUCGUCCGAAAACGAUGAAGGUGAAGAUCGAACCGCAUCGCCUAACAGUGCGGCGUCGUCGUUUCAGAUGGAGUUUGGAUUGUACGGCGGCGGAGGGAACAUUUCUUGCCAGAGAGAACAAAUGGAAAAUGGCGUAAUCGAAUCUGAGAGAGCGUCUUCACGAGCGAGCGAUGAAGAUGAAAAUGGAUCCACGAGGAAGAAACUCAGACUCUCGAAAGAACAAUCCGCUUUUCUUGAAGAAAGCUUCAAAGAACACAACACCUUGAAUCCCAAACAGAAACUUGCACUCGCUAAGCAACUGAAUCUCCGUCCUCGCCAAGUGGAAGUUUGGUUCCAAAACAGAAGAGCCAGGACGAAAUUGAAGCAAACGGAGGUGGAUUGUGAGUAUUUGAAACGAUGCUGUGAAACAUUAACAGAAGAGAACAGACGACUUCAAAAGGAGCUUCAAGAAUUGAGAGCUUUGAAAACCACUGACUCGUUUUACAUGCAAUUACCAGCCACAACACUCACCAUGUGUCCUUCUUGUGAAAGAGUGACCUCAACAUCGGCCGGCUCCAGCGGCGGCAAAUCGACGGAGGCAGUUUCGAAACGAUCUGGUUUCGCCAUUACUGGGCGACCAAGCUCCUCCUCUUUCCCAUUUUCUGCUUAAACGCAGUCCCACCAGUCAACAAGAUCAUGAUAACGAGAUGGGUUAACGCGAAUCAUGAUGGGUGGUCCCUUUUGUACAUAAAACCCUAUUCCCAAAAGCAAAAGAGGAAAAAAANAAAAAAAAAAAAAAAAAAAAAUC